AUUUGUUUUAGAAGCCUGUAGCCACCUGUACCGGUCUGAAAUGGACCCUAAACAUUUAUAUAAAACUAAAUUACAAAAAUCGACUAAAUUUACAUGGCAUAUUCCUCUACCAAUUACAUUCAGCACAUUGUAUGCAAAUAUCGUUUAACCCUUUCACUCGCUCCAACGUCAAAGAACGUAGAAUGUAGUCAAUAACAGAUAUUGUAACCAAUUGAAACUUAUUGAAUCUGAUUGAAACACAAUCUCCUUUGUAAAAUUACAUUAACAACAUUCAAAUUCGUUCAUGUACGAGUGUGUAGGCAAAUGGCUCGAUGCAUAACAUACAAUAACAUUCCAAGAGAGUGAUCUUGGAGGUCGUUUGCAUCACAAGAAAUGUAAUCAAAGUUUACAGCAAGAUCAGAUGCUGUACGACAAUAUUCGCAGUAUCGAUAUUUAUCAAUGCAAAAUAGUCAGAACAUAGUCAUGGAAGGGAAGACUGAUGAUAGCAGUGCUACAAACGAGGAAAAUGAAAUCCAGUGCAUCAACAGCGAAAGAUAUGAUGAUACCAACGAAAGACAGCAUUUUCUGCUUCCUAAUGUAAAUUCACGCACACCAAAAAUAGCUGUGGAGUAUAUUCGCAGACCUGACAUGAGCCGAUACAAUCCAGCUCUAAAAAAUCUUAUACCGAUCCGUCGCGAGAAAGAGGACAAAGACAGUAUGCCAGCGGACAGUGCUGGCUUAUUUUCGUACGUUUUUUAUACCUGGAUAACACCGUACAUAUGGAAAGCAUAUGAAACGGGUAUAAGUAUACAAGACAUACCGCGUAUUUCAUCUUACGAGACUUGCAAGUACAAUGCACAAAGAUUAGAGGUACUUUGGCAAGAAGAAUUAAAUGAACGUGGACCACAUUCGGCAUCAUUCUCGAUUGUUGCCUGGCGAUUCGUGCGAACGAGGAUAUGCAUUGCUUGGUUCUUACUAAUCUGUUCAACAAUUUGCGGAUUUAUAAGUCCUAUGAUAUUGAUGAGGAAGGUAUUGGAACACGUUCAAUCGCCUGAAGAGGAUUCGUGGGUGGGCAUAAAAUGGGCACUGUUGUUGACGUGUUGCGAUUUCCUCAGGAUGGUAUUUUUCACUUGGACUUGGAACACAAAUAUUAGAACAGCGCUAAGAUUAAAGUCUGCUUGUACUACUCUUUUGUACAAAAAACUUAUGAGAUUAAAUAAUCUUGGAAAUAAAAGUACAGGAGAGUUAACUAAUUUAUUUACUAACGAUAGCCAGAGGCUUUUCGACGUAAUCAUUUAUGGACCUAUGAUAAUUAGCGGUCCAAUAAUUAUUACCUGUGGUGUAGUCUACAUAUUAUGGUUAUUUAGUCCGUUAGCCCUUUUUGGCACGUUCAUUUUUCUUAUAUUUUAUCCGUGUCAGUAUCUUAUUUCUCGUAUAGUCGGACGUUUUCGUUCCAAGACGGUUGUCAUUACAGAUGUACGGGUGAAAUUGAUGAACGAAAUCUUAGAAUGUAUCAAAUUAAUUAAGAUGUGUUCAUGGGAGAAAUAUUUUAGUAAUAAACUUCUUGCUAUACGAAAGAAGGAAGAGCACUGGUUGCACAAGACUGUAUAUUUUCAAAGUUUCGCUAUUUCUUUAACGCCAGCUGUACCUGUGAUAUCAGCAAUUGUUACAUUUUUAGCCCAUUUAUCUUCUGGUGGUAACUUAACUGCCGCUCAGGCUUUCCCACUUACAACAUUUUUUGGAAAUAUGCUGAGAAUGGCACUCGUCUCGAUUAAGGACUCUACACGAUAUUUUAUCGACGCUCGUAUUGCCCUUAGCAGAUUCAAGGUGUUUCCUCUCGUAUCAUUGCUCAAUUCUCAAUUUCGUUCUUCUUUCAUGUUUUUACAAGUGGCGUUAGUUAAUAUUGCAGAAUCAAAAAUAGUAUUCAACAGAUUGCAGAGUGUAUUGCUUUUAGAAGAAUUCACAUGCUAUUUAUCGAAACCAAUAGUGAAAUCACAAGCCAUAGCCAUUACUAAUGGUACAUUUGUUUACGAAAAUCUUACCAUAUGUGCUAAUGAGUCAAAAAACAUCGAAAAUAAAAAAAUCUUGUCUAACGUGAAGAACAAAGUCGAAUUGGAGAAACUGAAUGAGAUAUCUAACGAAACCCAAUACGUGAAAGUACUUGCUGAUAUUAAGUUUGGAGCAGCAAAGGGUGCACUGAUAGGAAUCUGUGGUCACGUAGGAAGCGGAAAGUCUAGUUUGUUACUUGCUGCCUUAGGGCAAUUGAGGCUCACCCGUGGACAUGUUUUGAGAGAAGGUUCAUGCGCUUAUGUUAGUCAGCAAGCAUGGAUCGUUAAUGCAACUCUUAAAGAAAACAUAUUAUUUGGAAACCAGUUCGAUGCUAAACGAUACUAUCAGGCACUGACAGUCUGCAAUUUAAAAGAAGACAUAAACAUGCUACCGGGUGGAGACGAAACUGAAAUUGGUGAAAGAGGUGUAAAUCUUUCGGGAGGACAGAAGCAAAGGGUUGCUCUUGCCAGAGCUCUUUAUGCCAAUAGAGAUAUUUAUUUCUUGGACGAUCCGUUAAGCGCGGUUGACGCACACGUGGGAUCUUACAUUUUUAAGAACUUAAUUCUUGGCGCGCUUAAGGAUAAAUGUGUCCUGUUUGUAACACAUCAAGUCCAAUUUUUGAAACAUUGCGAUCAAAUCUAUUUAAUGAAGAAUGGUAAAAUCGUAGAACAAGGUACGCACGAUGAACUUAUACAGUUGAAGAAAGAAUACGUUACAAUGGUGAAUAGCGCAUUGCUCGAAAAGCACGGUGAUACAAAAGAGAUGUCUACGGUUGCUCAAAUAAAGAAUAGCAAUUCUGGAAGUGAUUUGAAAGUACAAAUCGUAGGAUGUAAUUUUGCAGACAAUCCCGAGAAUGGCGAGGCAUCGAUGAGAAUAAAGAGAGAGGGAUCAGCUCUAACUACACAAGAAAAAAUAGAAACUGGUACCGUGAAACUGCAUACUUAUCACAUGUAUAUAAAAGCCGCAGGUGGUUAUAUAGUGGCUAUUGUAGUAUUUUUUACACUCUUCUUGAAUGUUGGAAGCUCUGCGUUUAGUUCUUGGUGGCUAGCUACAUGGAUCAAAGCUGGUGGUGGAAAUGUUACCAACCCCGUGACCAAUGAAACUAUAGUUUCAAACAAUUUGAAUGAUAACCCAGAUUUUGCGUACUAUCAAAACAUCUAUGGUGCUUGCAUCGGCGCUAUAUUGUUCACAAGUUUGUUGCGUGGUUUGGUUAUUACGUUCACUACCAUAAAUGCAUCCACCACGCUGCACAAUAAAGUCUUUAAGAAGAUGAUCGAAUCUUCGUUAACUUUCUUCGAAACUACUCCCAGUGGAAGAAUACAAAAUAUUUUCAGUCGAGACAUAGACGAAGUUGAUAGUUACAUACCGAUAUCCGUCGAAAAUAUGGUACAGAAUAUCUUUACUUGUAGCUUUGCUAUUAUUUUUAUAUGCUCGAUACUGCCUUGGUUUUCUAUACCAUUAAUUAUUCUUGCUGGCAUAUUUUUUUACACUAGCAAAGUCUUCAGAGUAGCAAUGAGGGAUCUUAAGCGAAUGGAGAGCGCAUCUAGAUCGCCAGUUUUAAGUUUCGUGACCACCACCGUGCACGGUUUAAAUACAAUUCAUGCAUUCCAGAAAGAAAAAGCAUUUACGAACAAAUUCGAGGAGUUGUUUGACUUAAACAAUUUGUGUCUCUACCUGUGUCAAUCAGCCAUGAGGUGGUCCGCUGUGAGACUUGACAGUUUGGCAAUCGCUUCCGCUUCUAUUACUGCAUUUCUUGUGAUAGCGAUCAGAGAUCAAAUAUCACCAGCACUCGCUGGUUUGGCAAUGGCAUACUCCAUGCAAAUGACAGGUGUCUUUCAGUACACUGUAAGAUUAAUGGCAGAAACGGAAACACGUUUUAUAAGCGUUGAAAGAAUAUGCUAUUACUUGCGGACUUUACGAAAUGAAGAAACUCUUGGCAAAGAUGCUGAAAACCCUCCGAACGAGUGGCCCACUCAUGGAAAACUAGAAUUUCACGAAGUUCAGCUGAGAUAUAGAAAAGAGCUUCCACUUAUAUUAAAUAAUAUUUCGUUUACCAUUAAAGCUGGCGAGCAUAUAGGUAUUGUGGGAAGGACAGGAGCUGGGAAAAGUUCUCUCAUCGUUGCUUUGUUUCGAUUAGUUGAGGCUUGUGCGGGAAAGAUCAAAAUUGAUGGCGUGGAUAUAGCCAAAAUAAGCUUAGAGUUACUCAGAAGUAAACUGUCCAUAAUUCCGCAAGAUCCUGUUUUGUUUAGCGGAAGUAUAAGAUCAAAUUUAGAUCCGUUUAAUAAACACAGCGACUUGGAUCUUUGGAAUGCCCUAGAAAAGACUCGAUUGAAAGAGAAAGUAAUACUCAUGUCAGGACAAUUGGAUGCGUUUGUCGAAGUUGGAGGAAACAACAUGAGCGUCGGAGAAAGGCAGUUGCUUUGUUUAACAAGAGCACUUCUACGCAAUACCAAAGUAAUGAUAUUAGACGAGGCAACAGCUGCCGUUGAUCCUGAAACUGAAGUCGCUGUGCAAAACACGAUACAAAAUGAAUUUUCACAUUGCACUGUAUUAACUAUAGCUCAUCGUUUAAAGACCGUUGUUUCGUGCGAUCGCGUUAUCGUUAUGAAAAAUGGCCAAAUAAUCGAAUUUGACGCACCUUCUGUACUCAUGUCCAACCCAAAUUCGGAAUUUACAAAAAUGAUUGCUUCAGCAGAUAAAGUUGUAAAAGACGUCUAACUCUAACAACGAUAUUACUAAUAAUAGUAUUACAUUUAAUAAGUAAGACGUAUUGACUGUAAGCUGUCAAGUAGUUGUAGUACGCUCAUCUUACUAAAAUUUGUCCGAAAAACAAAUUAACAUUACGACAUAUCCCACUCGAAUAUUAAGAUAUAUUUUGUUAAAUAUAUAUUGUAGCUAUAAUGCAUUUUGCUAUGUACCGUGUAAAAUUUGUUUGGAAUAAAAUUAUUAACUUAUA